AUGCAUUGUAUUCACUUAUUUCACCAAAGCUUCAAAUCACUUUAUAAAUUCAAAACUAAAUACCAUCUUUAUGUACUCUUGUUACUUGUAACGAAAUUAUUAUCAAUGGAUGGAACUAAAACUGUAAGACGAAGAACACAUGACUAUGAAUUCAGUGAAAAUAAUCAAUUCAGACGAAAACGGAAAAGAGAACUUGAAGCAGAUACUACAGAUUCAAUAGAAAUCUUGGGUGAAUCACAUGUAAAUUUCCUGUCAAAAAAUGCUGUAAAUACUCAUUAUUGGAGCCAAGAUACACCACGGAACGAUGCAAAAUGCUUUUUUCCAAAUGGGAAUUAUGGUGAGUCGAGAACUGUAGAGAAUAUGCAGAAUCAUAAUGGUCAUAACAACAAUAACAACAACAACAACAGUGGCAGACGUUAUUUAUCCACUACUCAACAUGGACGCAGUAAAGAAAGAAUUCCUCAUUGUGGGCGUGCAGUUGAUGCACAUUCUUCAUCGCUUCCAUCUUUACCUCCUAGUCUAAGAGAAUCGGAACGUAUGCUAUAUGUUCAACGUUGGAUUAAUAGUAUACCACCUGAUUUACCAUCAUGGAUACAAGUAUCGCAUAAUAAAAUAGUACCUGUCACUAAUCCAUAUCAGUGUUUUCCUGAAGUUGAAGAAUCAAGUUUAUCUGAACUUCCAGAUUCACUAGAUCCAUCUUCAUAUAAUGAUAUUUUAGACUGUACUGCUAGUGGUAGUACACACAAUAAUAAUGAUCAUGUAAAUUCUAUGAACUAUUUCAAUAAGCUAAACAAUCAUUCAUCUAAUCCUGCGCAAACAUCUUCUGUAUCAUCAAAUAUUCCCGGUGCUUCAGAUCCUUCUCUGCGACCUCAUCCUCUUGUAGGACAUCAUGUAGUACAAUCUACUACCAUUCCAUCUCAAUUGUCUGCUCAAAAUGGAAAAACUGCUACUGUCACAAAUACUGUAUUAGGUGUAAUUGGUGUACACUUUCCAAAUGUAUCCGGUCAUGGUGGUGGUGUUGGUGGUUGUGGUGAUAGUAGUUCAGUCAAUCCGCAUCAAAAUCUCAUUCAUAUACAAAAUUAUCAGUCAAGUCAAGAGAUCAGUCUAUCAAAUCAUAAUUAUAAUCAACAUCAAUCUUAUGGUAUUGAAAGUGAUUGUAACAAGCUAAAUUAUUCAUCUGGACAUACAGGUGAAUAUGAAACUACUAAUAAUCAUAAUAAUAGUCAAAGAAAUCCAGUUGAAGAUUCAAUCAACUCAAAUGGAAGAUUAUUCAAUGAUAUGGAAGUUCAGAUGAUAGUUAAACUUUUUCAAGAUUAUUUCACCAAAGGUAGUUGUCCAAUGCUAAAAGAAGUAAGACGUCGUAUUAUGAACAAUUUCUUAGAAUCUAAACGUACUCCAGUAGGAAUACGUGCAAAAAUAAAACGUUUACAAAAAACUGGACAAUGGACAGACUACAUUACCAGUUGA